GGGCGCCGCUGAUGACUCCGCCCCGCAAUCUCGGGCCCGUCCUCCCAGGCGGAAGCGGAAGCGACCCCGCCCCCGUAUUAAAAAAAAAAAAAAAAAAAAAAAGCGGGUUGGCGGGAGUUGGCGGGCGGCGGCUGUUGCUGGGUAGGGUGACAAGAAGCAGCAGCGAUGCAGGCGUUUCUGAAAGGCCCCUCCGCCAUCAGCACCAGAGCGCCAGCGUCCAAGGAGCGAGGCACGGCUGCCGCCGCGGGAGCCAGCGGCGAGGGCCGGAGACUCAAGCCCAUCCCUUGGGUGGAGAAAUAUCGUCCGAAGUGUGUGGAUGAAGUUGCAUUCCAAGAGGAAGUUGUUGCUGUGCUGAAAAAAUCCUUGGAGGGAGCUGAUCUUCCCAAUCUCUUGUUUUAUGGCCCACCUGGAACUGGAAAGACUUCCACUAUUUUGGCAUUGGCCAGAGAACUCUAUGGACCCGAAUUGUUCCGACAGAGAGUUCUUGAGUUAAAUGCUUCUGAUGAACGUGGAAUACAAGUGAUUCGAGAGAAAGUGAAGAGAUUUGCUCAGCUAACUGUGUCUGGAAGUCGUUCAGAUGGUAAGGUUUGUCCUCCUUUUAAGAUUGUGAUCCUGGAUGAAGCAGACUCUAUGACUUCAGCAGCUCAGGCAGCCCUGAGACGCACUAUGGAGAAAGAAUCAAAAACGACACGCUUCUGCCUUAUUUGUAAUUACAUCAGCAGGAUAAUUGAACCUUUAACAUCUCGAUGCUCCAAAUUCCGUUUCAAGCCCCUGACAGAUAAAAUCCAACAGCAGAGACUACUGGCUGUUUCUGAAAAGGAAAAUGUGAAAGUUAGCAAUGAGGCAGUAUCUUGUCUUGUUAAAGUGUCAGAAGGAGACUUGAGAAAAGCAAUCACAUUUCUUCAAAGUGCUACUCGAUUAACAGGUGGGAAAGAGAUCUCAGAGAAGGUUGUCACCGAAAUUGCAGGGGUUGUCCCUAAGGAAACAAUUGAUGGACUGCUAUCUGCCUGUCAAAGUGGCUCCUUUGAAAAACUGGAAACUGUAGUAAAGAAUCUGAUAAAUGAAGGGUAUGCUGUUGCUCAACUUGUAAACCAGCUUCAUGAUGAUAUUGUUGAGAGAGAGGAUCUCACUGACAAGCAGAAAUCUAUUAUUGCAGAGAAGCUUGCUGAGGUAGACAAAUGCUUGACAGAUGGUGCAGAUGAGUACUUGCAAUUGAUCAGUCUCUGUGCUGUUGUGAUGCAGCAGCUAACUCAGAAUGGCUAGUUCUUCAGGGAGGAAUUUUGCCAGCUGAAUCUCUUCUGAUCUUCUGCCUGCUUUGAUGAUGCUGUUCUCUCAAAAGGGCACUCUGUACCUCUAUUUUUGUGGUUUUGUAAUACAGACUGCCAAACAACUCAUUUUAGGAACCAAACACUUGCUAUUUUGACAUAAUCACUGCUUUACACUUGUAGCUAUACCCCAUGAUUCAGAGGGCUUGAAAGAAACAGCUGGAUGAAGAAUGAGCAGGGGCUUGAUGCCACUAAUUGAGUUCUAGUAGGUGGUGGGGGCCUUAAAAAUUUAACCAUCAUCAUAGCAGCUAAAGAUGCUGUUGGGUGUUAAUUAUGUCAGUCACUUCAUUCUACUAUGCAGACUUGUAAAAUGUUAUUUAAGUGGUUUAUCAACAGUGACAAGAACAAAAGUCUUCAAUACAAUUUCUAGUUUUAACCUGUACUGAGAAGACAACUGCCCCUUCUAAUUUUUUAAAUAAAGCUGUUUAUAGGUAUAAACUCUGCACCUUGAGGGAAGGAGUAGAUGCCCCUUAAUAAUUGGAGCUACCUACCACUUGAAAACAAACUCUGGGGUGAAAUUAUACAUUUUCUUGUAUAAAAUACUUUUAAUACUAAAAUCUCUAACCCUUAUAAACUCCUUACAUGCUUAACCUUGAGACUAUCUAAAAGUAGCAUAUAUAGAUCAGUGGGUCUCACACUUUUUUUGCAGACUACUUAAAUAUUUCUGAAUGUUUGUACUGUUAGCUAACUCUUGUAAAGUGCCCUAUAAAACUUUUGUUUAUACAAAUAAAAGCACACAACUUGUUCUUAAUAGCAGUAGUCUUACAUUUGUGAUUGAUGUGCCCUCUCCCCUGGAGCUGGGGAAGUUGCAGCCCUGCACGUCCAAAAUUUCUCCUAUUCCCACCUACCCUUAUUCUGAGGCCACCACUUCAUGUGUGGUUGCUCAGGCAUGCACCUUACAAGGAACUAUCCUCAGACCACCUGAAUGGAGCUCAUGGGCCACUGGUGGCCUAUAUGAAUACCCUUUUAAAAAAUCAAAUAAAAGCUUUUCCUUAAGGGGUAGAGCAAGUUAGGAGUAAUACUAGUUUUGGUCAAUAUGCCUCUAAAGAAACAUUCAAGACAGGUUCUCAAACUUCACUGCAGUACCUUCUGACAAGGUAGACCCCAGGAGUGGGGAACUGAAGUCUGAGCCCAGCUGCUCCCAGGCAAGGGGGUUGCAAUCCUGAGCCCUGCAACUAAGGGCUGAAGUCCUCAGCUUUUGGCCCUAGGAACCCCAGCAUAACAGGAUCACAAUCUGAGGCCUACAGACCAAGUAAGGAGUCCAAAAAGAUUGUCAUUGCUAGAGACCUGUGGUUUACAACAUGGGGGGCUAUAGACCAAGAUUUCUAAAGGGGUGUGUAGCUCCAUUUGCAAUUUAGAGGUCUAUGAAAGAAAGAUUUAAAAACCACAAGAGCUUGUCUAGACUAUUUUUUUUAGUAUGUGUUUUACAUUAGGCCUGGGGCAGAAAGGGAAAAGCUUAAGACUUAUCUAUAGGCAGUAGAGCUCUUCCCCAGUGAAAAAAAAAGUUUAUAGGAUCUCUAGCUACUUACUAGCAAGUGAUUUAAAGAAAAGAAAAAGCUUUAACCUGAUUCUCAGGCCACCUAGGGAGCCCUCUAGUAGCUAGAGAAAGGAAGGUUAUAAUCACCAAUGCUGGUUAUACUCAAAAUGCAAAACUUGGGAGGAGAAAUAAGAUCAGCAUAACACUGGAAGGCUGAUCAAAAUGAUAAUUACCUCCGCUCACUGAAACACUUAGUCAAAGACUUUAACACUUAAAGUGAAUAUAGAAGUAUUUUAUUGAACAUUCAAACUUCAUUAAGACAUGUGCAAAAUGGCAAUUUUACUGGGUUUAACCCUAACUAAGAUGAUAGUAUGAUUGCUUGCUUGCUGGGGCUUAACAGGGUCCAGAUCACACUUACCCCUAAUUAAAUACUUUAUUGAAUAAAUACAUACCAAACAAAAAUGCAUUUUAAUACUCUUUAUAAAAAAGUAGAUAUUUUAAAGGCCUUUCCAAUUCAAUCUAAAGUAUAAGCAAAACAUACAAUAAAGGAAGAUAUGCUAGUUUAACAUAAUUGGCUGAUUUUAUACAGCACUUAAAUCUUUUAGUCCAUAAGUAAAUUAUCAAAUGAUAAAGAACAUCUAAUACAACCACUUCUACUGAACUAGGAAAUAAAUUUCUAA